CCCGGGCAGAUCGAAAGGAGCUCCAAGCGUCCUGACACCUCAUCUAAAGCACGAGGCAGGGAGCCUCUGUGACAGCUGCUGUAUCACCGUCUUGUUCUUAGCAGUGGUUCCGUUUCGCACCUUCUCGUUCCUUCUGAGGAGCGGGAUGCUGGAUGGAUGAAGACACGCCGUGUCGCUGUUGAAAGACUACCUCGACGUCACAACCCCCGUUACGGAGAUAUCAGCAAUCAUGGUCGCGCCUCGAAAUACCGCCUUUGCAGAAGAGAGCGCAGAGGUGGAGGUGUUGUAUGCGAACCUUGACAAGCUUAAUGUCCUCACGAAGAAGAUCCAAGGGUCCUUGGUCCGCUUGGAGACCAGCGGCAAGGUGGUUAAAGAAGCCAUUGGUCCCAUCUACAGCAAUACACAGUCGCUGCAGAUAACAAAUAGCAAUAUCGACAAAGUCAAUGAAGCGAUCGAGCGGCUACGACAGCCUUUAGAUGCGAAGAAUCGUGAGGAAGACAUCAUUCGCGCUGGACCAGAGAGUGUUGGACUAUCACAGUACUUAUCAGCACUCAAGCGAGUCGAUAAAGCCCUCAAAGACCUCACUGCGACGAAUCUGAAGUCGAACCAAAAAGCGAUCACUGAAUUCAGCUUACUGUUGACCACUGGCAGUGGGAAACUUCAGGAUAUGUUUCGCGCUGCCUUACGCGACCACGUCAGUCCGCUUGAACCUUUGCACUAUCUUACCAAAGUCUACCCUCUAGACUUGCCUUUUCCGACCCUCCCCGGGGAAACACUCGCGCAGCUGGGCCCGGUCAGCGCCGCGAUCAGCUCAGCAGCGUCACAAGGGACCCAGCGUACCCCAGGCGACAAUCCAGCUAUCUCUAUAUAUGCCGAAACUCGUGGGCCAUACAUAACGUCGACCUUGCAGAAUCUGGCAAUUGCCUCCGUCAAUACCGUUAAGCGAAGACCAUCGGAUGGUCCAUACAAGCAAGGCACCAACGGUAUCGGUAUAUAUUCCAACGCCUUGGAGGGGUUGAUAGCAGCGGAAUACGAGAAUAUUAUCCGAGUCUUUACGGGUGAACAGCAGGGACGAGCCUUGCAAGCUACCUGCCGCAAUGCUCUAGCAGAAUAUUCCAAGACGUUGCGCGAAUUGAACCAGUAUAUCAAAGCAAACUUGAUGACUGACUGCUUCCUGGCAUUUGAAAUCAUUGAAAUAGUGACUGCAAUGUCUUAUCGUAUUGACGCCAAGACAGGGGAGUUGAAAAGUCUAUUCAUCGAAGCACUGCGUCCCGUGCGAGAGACAGCAAAGUCUUCUCUAGCGGAAUUGCUCGAAGAGACAAAACGCAAGGCAGCUGGUAUUGCUGUUCUUCCACCUGACGGCGGGUCCGUACCACUUGUCAAUGAGGUGAUGAGCUCCUUGACUACCUUGACAGCUUAUUCUGGACCGCUGGCCUCCAUUUUGACCUCGCUUGGCGACGGAAACUGGCGAUCCACGACAAGCACGACAAGCACCGCACCUCUUGACGUGAGUCCGGAUAGUUCGACGCUCUUCUCGCACUUCAUCCUCGAUAUGAUAGAGGCCUUGAUGAUGUCACUGGAGGCUCGUGGGCGCGCUUUCCAUAAGUCCAAGGCCACGCUGGGCGUCUUCAUAUCGAACAUCUUUUGUAUUGUUGAUCGCUCGAUCCGCCAGAACCCGGAACUGGCGCAAUAUAUGUCAAGCCCGGCCAGCAUUAGCAGAAUCGAUACCUUCCGAAAACGCGGCACGUCUACCUAUCUGGAUGCAUGGCGCGAAGCAUCUCAGCAGCUCCUUGACGUGCAAUAUACCUCCCGCACCGGCGGCUCUGCACGUCCCACGUCCGGAGGGCCAGUCGAUUCAACUUCUAUCGUCAAGUCGCUUUCGUCCAAGGACAAGGACACAAUCAAGGAGAAAUUCAAGUCUUUUAAUGCCGCUUUUGAUGAGCUUGUGGCGCGCCACAAGGCACUGUAUAUGGAGCGCGAAGUCCGUGGUGCUCUGACGCGGGAAAUCCAAGCCGUCAUCGAGCCCCUUUACGCCCGAUUCUGGGACCGUUAUCACGAGAUCGAUAAGGGUAGGGGCAAAUACGUCAAGUAUGACAAGGGAAGCUUGUCUGCUCAACUGGCAGCACUUUCCUAG